GUUAGUUUUGCUUCCGGGUCAAAUAAACAUGAACGUUCGAGACACAUUUCAAGCCGGCAAAACGUGAUUAAAGCCCAGGAAAUAAACAUUCUGUGUUUUACAUGGCGUCUACAUCUGACACCCGUUAAAGUUGAAGAGUCUUCCUCACCCCUGUCAGGAUGGAUCUCGGCAAAGCAAAGCUGCUCAGGACGGGCCUGAACAACCUCCACCAAGCCAUCCACCCCGUGCACGGCAUAGCGUGGACCGACGGCAAGCAGGUCUGCCUGACAUCGCUCUGCGUCGCCAGCGGCGAGGCGAAGUUCGGCGACACCAACGUCAUCGGGCAGUUCGAGCACGUCUUCGGGCUUUUCUGGGGCCCGCUGUGCUGCCCGGACUCCCCCGCCCUGCUGGCGGUUCAGCACAAGAAGCACGUUACUGUGUGGCAACUGCAGCUCAGUGCGCUGGAGCAGAACAAGCUGCUGUGCACUCAGACCUGUGAGAUGAGCGAGCCUUUCCCCCUGCUCGCCCAAGGCUGCGUGUGGCAUCCCAAAUUAGACAUUCUGGCCGUGCUGACCAAGAGGGACACGUCUGUGCUGUUUUCUGUCAGAGUGGACAACAGGAGAGUUAAAGCCGACAUCAAAGGUAGCGGACUUAUUCACUGCGCAUGCUGGACCAAGGACGGUACACGAUUGGUGGUUGCUAUAGGCAGUGCUCUUCACUCUUACAUCUGGAACGACAUCCAGAAGAGCCUGGUGGCAUGCUCCUUUUGCCCUAUCUUUGACGUGGGAGGCUACAUCUGUGCCAUCGAGGCCACGGGGGAGGCUCAAGUAGCUGUGGCCACCGAGCUGCCUCUGGAUAAAAUCUGUGGGUUGAACGCAGGCAUAGUGUUUGACAUGCCGGCAGAGACUGAGCCCCAGGGCCAAGGUUCACCUUUGGUCAUGUCAGAUGAUGAUAGCCAGUCGGACUCAAGAAGGAGAUCAUUUCAGUCCGAGAGGUCCUUCAUCCCCGGUUCGGGCCCUCUGGAUCUCACCCAUCUGCUGGCAAGGCAUCGCCGCUCUGACCCCAGCCCACUUAUUCACCUUCGUCGCAGAGACACGCUGACAGGCUCCGGGCAGGACUCCUCACACCUCAUCUUGGUGACCUAUGAGCGCAAAGUCACCUCAACCCGCAAAGUCAGCAUCCCCGGGAUUUUGGUUCCCGACAUUAUUGCUUUUGAUCCACGCGGCUGCACGGUUGCAGUGGCUUCCAACACCUGCAACAUGGUGCUCGUGUACUGCAUCACCGCCUCUGCAAUGCCAAACAUCCAGCAGAUCUCUCUGCAGGCGAACGAGAGGCCUAAAGGCGUCUGCUUCCUGAAUGACAAGAUGGUUCUGCUGAUGGUAGGAAGGCAGAAGGCCAACGAUCCUGCUUUCCUCCCAUCUUCCAAUACCGAUAAAUAUUUUCUUCGUCUGACAGCCAAAGAGUUGAUGAACCCUGCUGAAACUCCUAUCACACCACCCCCUGCGGCUCCCAACCACGAGUCCACUUCUAAUUUCUGUGCAGGGAUUAGGAGGCACUCGGAGCACCUCGCUAAGGAUGACAGGGAGCGUCCAGGGAUAAAGGACUUGGUCUUACCGGGGGGUGGAGUGCUCCGUUCACCAAGCAACAGGCGCAGGCUGGUGGAGGAAGUAAAGAGCAGCGAGCCCAGCUCCAACACCAGCUCACUGGACUCUGACCGAGCCCUCUCCAGUGCCUCCUCCAUCACGGUGGAGAAUUUUGACAUGGACCACGUCAAUCGCAUGACCAGCCUGGCGCUGGCUGGCCACGCCAGCAGAGACUCCAGCCGGGCCGGCUCUCCCCGCAUCGAGUCGUCCGACAGGCUCCACGCCGACCCGACGUCGCCUAUGCCUGAAAAGGCGUCAGCGGCUGCUAAGGAGCGUGCCUUGGAGCAGCUCGUCCACAACAUGGAGCGGCUUUUCACGCGCUUUGCUGACGUACAGCAGUGCCUGACAGAAAUCAGAGAUUAUACCCGUAAUGGCAGGAAGACCCUGACCGUCUACCCUAAUGCCUGUGAGCCCCCCUAUGUCAAUGUCACAUAUCAGAAGCAGUUGUCAGAAAAUGUGUUCAUCGAUGAGCGGAGGCCUGUGCUGCUGUGUGAUGGGAAGCUGUGUCUGCGCGCCCUCCUAGAGCUUUUCAACCUCACUAUUGUGGAGAUGAUGUAUGGUCCGCUGUGGAUCGUACUUGUGGCAGACGAAGACGGCUUCGUGCCCCUGACGUUCAAGCCCAAAGAGGAGCUCACUGUGCGGAACGGGAAGCGUAAAGUUCCCCUGCGGGCUCCCGGCAGUCCAGAGGACUCCUGCCCCGCCAGUCCGGCCCCCAGCCAAAGCCCCCACACAGCCACGGAGGCCUCAACGUAGCCACACGUAGCACACGCAUUCAUAUCUGGACUUCUGCAGUCAAAGUCAUCAGUUUUCUUUAAAUGUAAUUAACUGCAUAGAUGAAAACAGUUUAUUUACUCAGAUUGCCACAUUAAUUAUAUAUUUAUAUAUAUAUAUAUACUGUAUUUUUGUAUGUCAAAACAGUAGUGACUUGAAAUGGGCGGCCAAUUCAAAUAUCACAUUCACAGUUCGCUUUGAAAAGGAAGCAUAGCUGAGGUUUUAAGCACCUACUCCUUCCUCCUCCUUUUGAUGGUGUAAUCCUUUUCUGCAACAGGACAUAAACUCCAGUGACCGCUUUUAAGGUGUCUCUUUUGUUGUUUAAAUUUAUAUUUUACUGAGUUAUCCAGACAGGUUCAAUCAAAAAAUAUUACUUACCACAUUUGUAAGCACGUUUUCAUUUUUGUGGCUUUAGUGUAGUACUGCAUUUGGCCACAAGAGGGGGCGAUGACCAUUUGAAAUGAUGCUUUAGUAUCUAGUUUAUGGACCCCAGAGCCUAUUUUCUUACAUUCAUUAGAGCCCUGCGGGGCUCCACCGGUGUCCUGCUAAUGUGAAAGACCAAAUAAUGUGAAGAGAAAGUGUAAAAAAUAUUUUUAGUAGUCUUUUUUUAAAGAAUAAAUCUACAUGUGUGCAUUUAA